GACACUCUUAAACGACACAUGGUCGUCCAUAAAUCUGCCGCUUCACCUACAGAUGACGCGGUUGUACGAAAGCACCGACCGCGGGCAGCAAAAGCCUGUUUUUUGUGCGCUCAAUCGAAACUGCGCUGUGAAGGAGAAAACCCUUGUAGGCGAUGCCAGGAGCGAGGAUUACACUGCCGUUUCCCUCAGCAAUCCCGCUUGGAUUCGAGCACGCAUAAGAAGUUGCUUUCUUCGACAAACCCGGUACAUCCCACUACAGCAACCUCUGACAUAGUGGUGUUUUCAGGCUCAACAAAUCAUGAAUCCCAGUCAACGUGCAUAACGCCCCAAGAUUAUAUAGAAGAUAAUUACACUCUCCUGGAUCUAGUCGAGAAUAUGGACCACGCAAAACAGCAAGCAGGACCUAUGCAUAUCAGUACAGGUCCUACAAUCGAAAAUGAAAACAUCAUGUGCGAACCAAGCCCUUUUGAACUUCAAAAUAGUAUUUCUACUAGUUUCCUAGCCGAAGUCAGCUGUACAGACUUUUCGGAUCACUUCAAUCCUGACGACGGGUUAGGAUACUCGUGGGAUGCAUUCAAUCUAGAUGUCUUUAAUUUUGGCACCUUAGAAACUGAGGCUAUAUUUGAGGCGCCAUCAAAUACGGACAACGUGUCAGAGACUAAUGAAGGUCUUUCUCUGAGCGAGAAUGCCUACAAGCAAUCGUUCCUGCUCUGGACGCCAACGGAAGGCGAAACUUGGUUAGCUAAAACUGCAGAUCUCUCUCCCACUCUAGACGGAGAGUUGUCUGCUUGCGUUUCUUCCAAUCCUCAGCAGCAUGCACUUGUGCGCCUCGAGCCAUCUACACGUUAUCGCAUUCUUAGCUCGAUAUUGUCUAUCGCAGGCUCUGCGAACCACCAACGUAUCCUUUCAUCUUUUCCUUCUCUCGAAGUAUUGGAAUAUCUGCUAUCUAGGGAGCUUGCAGAGCACAGCCAAGAAGCAGAUUCUUGGCUCCACAUUCCUAGCUUUGACCCAAACACUGCCUGCACAGAACUGGUCCUUGGCCUUGUUAUUGCCGGUGCGUUCCGUACGGAUCGUGCCAUUUUUCUAAAAUUUGCUCUUGCUUUGCACGAACUUCAUCAACACCUAAUUUCCCGGUUGUUUUACAACGAUGGCCGUAAUGUUCGAUUGCUUGAGCCGAUCCAAUGCUUCGUCCUCAUGAUUCAAGGCGGCCUGUGGAGUGGAAAUAGCCGGCGAAUCGAAAUUUGUGAGGCUCUAUUCAACAUGCCGAUCAACAUGAUGAGAAGGGGAGGCUCUUUACGAGUUCUGGACCCUGAAGGCGUUUCACCCCACCCGAGCGACAGUGACCUGGUUUUGAAGGAGAAGUGGCAUGCAUGGAUUGACUAUGAAUCUAGGAAAAGACUUGCGUUACAUCUGCUCAUACUCAGCACCCAGUACUCAAUGGCCUUCCUGACAUAUCCCCCCUUGACGCACACUGAAAUACACACUAGCCUGCCAGCAGCACGAGCGCUUUGGAACGCGCCCUCAGCUGAGGCAUGGCGGGCAGCCUAUCUCAGCCUUGGUCCUCCAGCGCUGCUGACACUGCAUACGUGCAUUGAAGACCCAAACAGUCUGUCCGCCCUCGGGAACUCGGUGGACACCAAGUACACAACUCUGGCGGUUCUUUGUGGCUUAUGGUUGAACACGUGGCAGUACAAGGAGUACCUAAAGGCACGUGAUGUAACGCCAGGUGCAACGCAAACUAAGCGUGCAUUGAGCACUCAGGCACUCUAUCAGGAAGCUCGAGAAUCCCUAGAGUCCUUUGCCGCGAUUCACACACGGUGGCUUGGUCCGAUGGACCCUUCGCUUUCCGUUCUUCACGAGCGACAGCUCAUGUAUCUUGAUGUUUCUCUCGAGGAUUUGCAAUUGCUCGGCGGUAAGGAUGGUGAACGUGAAGCACGUCGCGUCCUUCCACGACUCAAAGAAUGGGCUCAAAGUCGAUCCUGUCGACAAGCCAUGUGGCAUGCCGGUCAGAUUUUGCGGGAAGCGCGUCGGACUGGUGAUCCCACCUUACGCAUAUCCACAGUUAUUGCAAUCUAUCACGCCAGUCUGAUUUUAUGGUCAUACUCAAUCAUACCAACAGCUCAUUUGUCGAAUAACUCGAUAGAUCUCGAUUCACAGUGGCAAAACAGAGGCCUUGAGCCGUCGUCUAGGGAGACGGAAAUAGUGUUAGACGGCGAUCACACCCCACUGGUGCAACAGUUUUGUGUGCUAGGGUUCGGAAAGCCUUGCAUCACGCGUGUUGUUGAAGGCACGAAUGGUGUUCAGUAUUCGGCUAUCGAAGUCAUACACCAGCCUGAGGUCAUGCUAGUCUUCAGAGAUGUGUUGUAUGAAAAGUGCACCCAUGGCUAUCAGGAUUGCCCGAGCUUAGUCGAUAACCUGAUCCGUCUCAUUGGGCAGCUCGGGCAGGCUGCAGAAGUGGUACAACGUCGGCAAACUCAGCGGGCGUAG